AUGAUCCAGCAGCAGCUGAGACAGCUCCUGCCAGAGCCAGAAGUGGCUUCUUCUGCUGCCCUCAGCCUUCUCUGUGGCUCAGCGGUGGCCGUGGUAGUCUGGAAGUGGCUGGGUGAAAGGCAGAUCCAGCAGAAAAUGGAAGAGGCUCAGAGGACCCGGGAGGAAGGUGUGAAGAAAAUGGCAAAGGCUGUCCGGCAGUUCAGGGAGCAGGUCCCCAGUGUCCAGACAGAUGCCAUCCUGUCCCUACCCCUGCUGGAACUUGCUGGGAGAUUACAGGAAGGGUCCUUGUCCCCCAGGACUGUCCUCUACACCUACAUAGAGAAGGCCCUGGAAGUGACCCAGCAGACAAACUGCGUGCGACAUUUUAUCCCAGAGUGUGAGGAGCAGCUCCAGGAAAUACAAGGGCAGAAGGAGAAAGGGCUUCUCUACGGCAUCCCUGUCAGCAUCAAGGACCACAUCGGCCACAAGGGCCAACUGUCAACCUGUGGGCUUGUGCAAUACCUGGGCACUCCAGAGCAGGAGGACAGCGUACUAGUCAAGGUUUUGAAGAGACAGGGGGCCAUCCCAUUCGCUAAGACCAACGUGCCGCAAUCCCUCUUCAACUACGACUGCAGUAAUACCAUCUUUGGCCAGACCCUGAACCCCCUCAACCACCAGAAGACCCCCGGAGGCUCCUCAGGAGGGGAGGGAGCUCUGAUUGCAGGGGGAGGCUCCAUCCUGGGCAUCGGCUCAGACGUUGGUGGCAGCAUCCGCCUGCCGUCCAGCUUCUGCGGGCUGUGCGGGCUCAAACCCACAGCCAAAAGGCUCAGCCUGUCUGGAGUGAAUGGCCCAGUCAAUGGGAUCCUGUCAGUUCCCUCUGCGCUGGGGCCGAUGGCGAGAGAUGUGGACAGCCUGGCCCUCUGCAUGAAGGCACUGCUCUGCGAGGAGAUGUUCCGGCUGGACCCCACCGUGCCCCCCAUCCCCUUCAACGAGGAGGUGUACUCAAGCUCUGCUCCUCUGCGGGUCGGGUACUACGACACCGAUGGCUACUUCCCGCUGCCUCCUUGCAUGCGCAGGGCGGUGCAUGAGACCAGGGAGGCUCUGCAGGCAGCAGGGCACAAGCUGGUGCCCUUUUCUCCACUUCGGAUCCACUAUGUUAUGACUGAACUGUUUUUGAAGACAUUUUUUGCUGAUGGAGGCCGUGCUUGGUUGGAUGAGUUCACAGGAAAUAUUGUAGAUCCAAGCUUAAAACCACAGGUGACUUGCUACAAGAUCCCAAGGCUGGCGAAGAAGCUGCUGGCUCUGAUUCUUAAACCUCUGUUUCCCCGCCUGGCUGACUAUCUGAAUGCCUUGUGUGGAAUGAGGUCAGUGAAUGAGCUGUGGAAUCAACAGCAUCAAAUAGAGGCGUACCGCUCGGAAUUCAUCACCCAGUGGAGGGAACUCCACCUCGACGUCGUGCUGUGCCCUGUCCUAGGGCCUGCCUUCACCGUGGGAUUCCCAGGGAAACUCCUCCCUGCCGUCUCCUCCACAAUGCUGUACAACGUCUUGAACUUCCCCGCUGGGGUCGUGCCCGUCAGCGUGGUGACAGAAGCUGAUGAGGAAGAACUGAAGCUUUACCGAGGAUGCUGCGAUGACUCCUGGGACAGGACACUGAAACAGGCUGUGGCAGGAGCCGUGGGGCUGCCCGUGGCCGUGCAGUGCGUGGCCUUGCCGUGGCAGGAGGAGCUGUGCCUGCGCUUCAUGAAGGAGGUGGAGACCCUCAGCCGUGGGAAGGGAGCAGCGUAGCCUCUGCAGUCCCACCUCUGCAGGGCCAGAGGCAGCCAAGACAUAAACAGGACAGCUCUGCAUCAGCUUCCCCUUUCGCAAUCUGAAGUGCAUAGAUUCCAGCAAGGAGGGAAGGAGGAAAGAAAAUGCAUUUCCUGCCUUUCUUCCUGCUGACAAGCACAGAUCCUGUAAAGGACACAGCAGUUUCCUCCGUAGGCAUUAAAAGGACUGUAAAUCUGCCUCACUGUCCUCUGUCUUGGCUGAGACACUGCCGGAUUCAUCUCUAAACAGCUCAGCAGCUCAUGCAGAGACCAAAACAUCAACAUAAAUCCUCCAGCACUUCAUCACACAAACCCUUCACAACACCAAACUCCUUUGUUGGAAGGAAACCCUGUCUUGCCUGCAUCACAUUCUUCCUUAG